UCAACACACCUCAAUUUACACUAUGUACACCCAAUUUGACAGCUUAAAACUGACACCUGUCCUCGGGAGAUUAUACGAUUACUCAGCCCCACACUUCUUCUGUGGCUUCUAUUGCCCUACUCAAGAAAUUCAUGCUUUGUGCCUCUUUGGUGUUUUAAUCUUCGACAGCGUUUUAUAUGAUGAUAGCAACAACACCUAUUAUACGGCAAAUGCACCGCAACUUGUUUGGUCUGCUAACCGGGACCGUCCUGUUCGAAUUAACGCCACCUUACAAUUCACUGAAUAUGGAGAUUUGAUCUUGGAAGACUCCGAUGGCACUUUUGUAUGGUCUACCAAUACCUCAAGAAAGUCCGUCUUCGGCUUGAAAUUAACCGAAUCGGGAAACCUGGUCCUCUUCGAUCGACACGAUGCAACGGUUUGGCAGUCAUUUGAUCACCCAACUGACUCCUUACUUAUUGGGCAGACGUUGGUUCCUGGGCAGAAGCUCAACUCCAGCACAUCCGCAUCCAACUGGAGCCGCGGUUUGUAUUCUCUUACAGUUCAGGAUUACAGUCUAUUGGCUUAUGUGGAAUCCAAUCCACCCUUGCCCUAUUUUGAAUCAUAUUUAUUUUUUAUAAAUUAUGUCAAAUUCGAAAAUGGAAACUUCAACGGGCAGCUAAUCCCUGCUGCAUCAACAUCAUCACCUCAGUUCAUGCGGUUGGAACCUGAUGGGCAUUUGAAGGUGUAUCAGUUAGGAGACUCGAAUUGGACUGUGGUGGCGGAUCUGCUGACACAAAUUCGUGAGGGUGAGUGUGGGUAUCCCAUGUCGUGUGGCAAUUACGGUAUCUGUUCUUCAAAGGGGCAGUGCGGUUGUCAUGAGGAACAUACACUUUACAUAUUAUAUUCUAACACCAACCUUGGAUGUUCCCCUGUUACACCCAUUUCUUGUGACCAUUCUCAAUAUCACCCCCUUUUGGAGCUUAAGAAUACUAGUUACUUCAACUUCAACUCAAAAUACAAAUUCUCAUAUGAAAACAUUUACUACUUGGAUGAAAAAACAGAGUUAGAGGGUUGCAAGAUGAGUUGCUUGAAAAAUUGUUCGUGCAAAGCUGCUUUCUUUGCGUAUCAUGUGGGAUAUGAUUCAAAGAAAGGUUGUUUAUUACUGUCUGAAGUAUUUUCGCUUAUAAAUAAUGAUGGAGCAGUUGAUAACAUUACUGUAUUUCUUAAAGUGCACAAAUCAACAGAUUCUCCUCAAAAGAAAUCAACGCGUGUCAAAAUCAUACUGGGAUCCAGUCUUGGAGCUUUCUUUGGCGUAUUUUUUAUGGUUGCCUUGUGCUUUUUCCUUUUCACAAAGAAACAAGAAUCCGAAGAAUUUGAUGAGUUCUUUGUCGAUCAAGUACUAGGGAUGUCUACUAGAUUCUCUUAUGAAGAGUUGAAAGCCAUGACAAGCAAUUUCAAUAAAAAGCUUGGAGAAGGAGGAUUUGGGCCAGUGUUUCAAGGGACAUUAAUUGAUGGCACUAACGUAGCAGUGAAGCGUCUCAAUGGUUUUAGUCAAGUUAAGAAGUCAUUCUUAGCUGAAGUUGAGACAAUAGGAAACAUUCACCAUGUCAAUUUGGUGAGAUUAAUUGGAUUUUGUGUUGAAAAAUCAUAUCGGCUUCUAGUUUACGAGUACAUGUCCAAUGGAUCCUUGGAUGCAUGGAUCUUCCAAAGGCAGCAGGAGCUCACUCUUGGGUGGCAAUCCAGGAGGAAGAUCAUCAUGGAUAUAGCCAAGGGACUAACCUAUCUCCAUGAGGAAUGUAGGCAAAAGAUAUUUCACUUGGAUAUCAAACCCCAAAACAUCCUCUUAGAUGAAGACUUCAACGCGAAAAUUUCUGAUUUUGGAUUAUCAAAACUAAUUGAUAAGGACCAAAGCCAAGUUGUAACAAUGAUGAGGGGAACACCAGGCUAUCUGGCUCCUGAAUGGUUGAGCUCAAUUAUCACUGAGAAAGUAGAUGUUUAUAGCUUUGGUGUCGUGGUCUUGGACAUGUUGUGUGGGCGCAAA